UUCAAGGAGAAAAAUGAGUUCCACAGAACGUCCUGUGAGAAUAUGCUAUAAUUCACCUUCUGCAGCGGUUGUUAAUCGAACAGAAUAUGAUGCCAAAAAAACUGCAGCUUUGAAAGGCGUUUGUAAGAGAAAUAUCACUGUUCAGAAAAAAACUGCCGAGGCAUGGACCAUGAAAAAAGGCGAAUUAUGUAGAAUCAGCGUAACUGAAGGUUCGCAAGUAGGAGACGUCAAUUUUUGGAAUUUACAUAAUAGCAAAGAAAGAUUUUACUCGGGAAAAACUAGACAGCUGCACUCCGCUCAUUUAACAACGUACGACAGAUUGUGGAGUAAUUUACCGUACUUAAAUCCCCUAGCAACUGUCGUAACGGAUACUUUGCAAUAUGGUAUAGAUGAAGAUGGGGCUGGAGUUCAUGAUGUAAUAGGAACACGAUGUGAUAAUUACACUAGCGAGUUGAUCACUGGAGAAAAAUGUGUGACCUCGUGCCAUCAGCAGCUGACUAAGGCAAUAGAUAGGUUCGGUUUGAGUGAAGAUGAUGUUCAUGAUGUCUGGAACAUAUUUAUGUGCACAGGAUUUACCAAAGAUACUCACCAAUAUUUCACCAAGAAAAGUCCUGCCAAACCAGGAGAUUAUAUCGAAUUUAUCGCGGAUAUGGAUUUAUUGGUAGCGGUCAGCGCUUGUCCUCAUGGCGACGUUUCAAUGGUUGUUGGCGAAGAAGUACCUGAUUCGAAAUGUUUUCCAUUACAAGUGGAAGUUUUUUCACCACAAAUCUGAUGGAAGAAAUCUUGCGACAAUCUGUCGAGGAAAUGAAUAUUGUACUACGUUCUACAAAAUUUUCCCGUAGCGACGAAGAAAUAAAAAAUAUUACAUCGGAACUUUCUCCAAGUUUAUAUGAAUCUCCCACUGACGGUAUAAUUUUGGAUUUAGAAGACUCAAUCACCGAGGGAGGUAGUUUUUCAGAAACCUUGCAUCGCUUCACUGCAGCAUCCUUAAAUUCUUCUUGAUCUGGACCCAAACGCCGAAUCGCCUGAUACAUAGAUGGUGUCGUAUUCGAUUCGCUUGUAUUCACUGCUCGCAUUUUUUUUAUUUUGUUCAAUACUUCGGAACUCUUUGAGUUAUCAGCAGUUGUAGAAUGAUUAAAAUAAUUCAAGAUUU